AUGAUCUACUUGAGCGAAUCCCCCGUCCAAAAUAUGCUCCAGAGCAACGCCUCAUCAAGCAAGCAGGAGACUCAAAAUGACACAAGCAUGGCUAAUGAAGUCAUGGUUACCGGGGCCAAUGUGACACCCCUAGGAGCAGGCUCAGAAGCCUCUUCUAGCAAGGCAGGCGCACCCAAUCCAUUUUCACCCUCUUGUUUGAGAAUAGGUCCCAAACCCACGCGAAAAUGGCGGCGCCCGGCCGCCCUCCCAAUGUUCUCAAGCCAGGACUUUGAUCCGCCACGAACAGGCGAAAAGCCCGGUGCUAACAAUAAUGGGAAUAAUGCCCAGUCGCAAACGCAAAAUGCCAGCUCUGAUACCAGUGCCGUCAACGCAACUGCCCGAAAUGACGGAAGCACCACACCACAGGAUGUUUCCCGACGGUCUUUUACCAUGGUGCAAAAAUGCAAGGUAUUGGAGAUGUGCUUAUCCAUUAAGGAUGAGUAUCUUUCUAUGCCCCCAGCUCCGCAACAUGACCAAGAACCGUUUUGGGCCAAGAUUUUGAAGGAGAAGCUAUCGCCGGACCUGGUUUCGAAGUUCAAGGAUUGGAAGAACCUGAAAGAAUCCGUCGAGAACUGGUGCUAUCUACGAAGAACUCUGCUACGAGAAGGGAAUUUGCCUCCAGUAUCACAGUGUCAACCAGAACUGGAUACUCUGGUUGACUCGUGGAACAAGGUUUUUGUUACACGUUUUUGUCAAGUGCACCGAGGCUACUUUGAGAACGGCGUUUGGGCCAUGACUGAGAACAGAGUGUCAUGGAUGGUGUCAGAACACAUCGACAGAUCGAUAUCGAGCAUGUUACAAAAAAGAAGAGAUGAGUUGGAAAGCCCUGUCCGACCAAGACUUCUCAACAACAGCUCAUUAACCGAGUAUGAUAACGCUGUUGGAAGUGUUCAGGACGGAUUAACUCCAAGCAAGCGGGAUCACGCUCAGACAAUGGAAAGCGAGGCCGUGCUGUCGAUGGUCAUGGAGCUUCGCCCGGUUCUAGAGCAUGCGAUUUCACAGCAUCUCAAUGGUGCAAGGCAAACCCUUCAACAACGAAGUGGAGGACCUAACACUGAGUCCAACAUAUCUACAGAGCUCGCUGCUAUGCGAGGAGGUCCACGAUCCAACAAUAACCAACGUCUCACAAUUCCUUCCAACGGAAGUUCGGCUUCGGCCUCUUCGAUAUCACAGCAGCCCACCCCUCGUGCUGCUGCGACACCCUUGGCAAGAAAUACUCAACGGUCGUUGCCGGAAUCGAGCGAAAGUGAGCUGGGAAGAAAAAGGAAGAGUUUGGAGCCCAAUGAUCAGUCAAAGCGACCGCGUUUGGAUAGCGGAAGCUUUUCAAAUGUUCCUCCCCGAGCUGAGGCCCCUCUCAGGGGCAGAGAGCCCGCCAAAGGGCCUCCCCAAAGACAGCUUUCGCCGUCAAGAAGGCCUUCAGGAUCACAUCUCCAGUCCCAAGAACGGCAGAAUAGGCCUGCGGGUAGCUUCCCCAGGGGUCACGAUUCACGAUACCCAGACAAAUGGGUCAAAGAACGUGAACAGCAUCGCCCUGGGCAGCCGCGCGGUUUUAGGGAGGAUACUGUCGAAUUCGAGGCUGCUUCAACACGACGGCAGAAUAGUAUUUUGAGGAACCAGAAUCGUACGAUCCUGGAGAGGCUCGAAGAGCUGGAGCCUCGCUCCCGUGACUCCCACCGAAGGUAUUGA